AUGGAAGAUAUUAGUGAAAACGAUGUUGAUAAUGUUGUUCUUGAUAAUGCAAUGGAAGAUUUAGGGAAUGAAGGAGGAAGUGAAGAAGAUGAAUUAGAGAAGAAGAAUGAAUAUGUUGAGUGUGAGACAUCUGAAUUGAUACACAAAGAAGUUGCCAACGAUGAAGAAGCUUACAAAUUAUACAAUGAGUAUGCAUUUAAAUGCGGAUUUGGUAUCCGGAAGGGCAAAGUUUGUUGGAGAUAUGAUACAAAGACAAUCAGACAACGUUUUUUGGUUUGUAGUCGUGAAGGAUUGAAAGACACAAAAGGUGGUGUGCCUAAGGCAUUCACUAAGCUUGAUCAACGUUGUGGAUAUAAAGCGUUUAUUCAAUUUGAUGUAUCCAAAGAGUCUGGAUUUUUUAUUGUUACUAAGCACCAUAUGAUUCACAAUCACCCCAUGGUGCCAUUGAAACAAAGACAUUUAAUAAGAUCUCAUAGGAAAGUGACAGUUGAACAAUUGCACAUGAUUAAUAAUUUGAGAAGUUGUGGAGUUAGGGUUGCUGAAGCUGUGCGUGUAUUGAGGAAGGAAGCGGGGGGAUCUGCAAAUCUUGGGUUUGUGAACAGAGAUGCUUAUGAUGCAGUUGCUACUCAAAGAAAGAAAGAACUUGAUGGUUGUGAUAGUAACCAACUGAUAAAGAACUUUACGCAAAGACAAGCAGCGGAAUAUGAUUUUUAUUAUGACGUUCGACUAGAUGCUAUAGGGCACUUAAUAAGUUUUUUCUGGAGGGAUGGAAGAAUGAGAAAGGAUUAUGAAGUAUUUGGAGAUUUAGUUGUUCAUGAUACGACGUACCGUACGAAUAAGUAUGGGAUGAUUUGUGGUCCGUUUGUUGGGAUGAACCAUCACCAAAGGAACGUGAUGUUUGGAGUUGGUUUCCUAUUGAACGAAGACACCGAUUCUUUUGUGUGGUUGUUUGACUCGUUUUUGAAGAGUAUGGGAGGUAGGUCGCCGAUUACCAUUAUGACUGACCAAGAUGCCGCGAUGGCGAAGGCUAUAAGCAUUGUUUUUCCCAAUGUUAUACAUCGUCUGUGUAUAUGGCACAUCGGGAAAAAUUCCAUCAACAAUAUAAAAGGUUUGAGGGGAAAGGCUGGAUUUGUGGAUCUAUUCAAUUAUGUGCUAGAACAUUGUGAGACCAAGAGUGAGUUCAAGCAAUACUGGACAAGGGGAAUGGUCAGUGUAAUUAUUGUUACAUGUUCAUUGUGUGGAUAUGCUGAAAAGAUGUACAUUCUAUAUACUGAUAAUGAAUACAUUGAUAUCCCUGAAGAAAGCAUUGUAGCUCACUCAACACAGAACAAGUCUCUUUUUGAUGUGUAUGGCCCUGAUGAUUAUUGCCCUAUUAACCACAUCCCUGGGGAAGGUAGUAAAGAUGAGCAGCCGCAUCACAAAGCCGCCUUGGAAGUCUACCACGAAUAUUCUGAGAAGCUGUUCGGUAAUUGA